CACCCACUACUUUCCUUUUCAUCUUUUUUUUUUUAAUUAAAUUUAAUUUUCAAAGCAGAUAAACCAGCUCUUUCUCUUAACUAAAAACACUGUAGUUGGCACUUGCAGGUCAAGUCACUGUAUAUUAACUCCUCUUUUUCUUCAUCUUUCUCAUCUCAAACCCUAAAUUAUUAUUAUUAUUAUUAUUUCUGAACUCAAAUAAAAUAUUAUAGUUCUAUUUCUCUCUAUAGUUUUUUGGCCAUAAUUUUGUUCUCUUUUGUGUUUUUUUUGGUGAGUUUGUGUGACUGUAAAUGGGACAAGACCCAGUUGAGGAUUCGGGUAAUGGAAGCUGACCCAGUUCACGCCACAACCUACAUUGGUCCCUAAAUGGGGAAAGCUGAGGAGGAGCAAAUUCCGGCGUCGAAUACGGGCGCCCAAGCCGACGGUAACCCCAAUUCUCAGACCCAAUUUGGGUGUCGGUGCGCUCGGAUUCGGGGGCUCAUUGGCUUGAAAUGCGUCUUCGUUCUCGUGCUCUCCAUUGCUGUUUUUCUCUCCGCCAUUUUCUGGUUGCCUCCCUUUCUUCAGUUCGCGGAUCAGGCAGAUCUGGAUCUCGAUUCCAAGUUCAAAGAUCAUGGAAUAGUAGCAAGUUUCAACCUUUUGAAGCCAGUUUCUUUGCUUGAAGACAACAUCUUGAAGCUUGAGGAUGACAUUUUUGAUGAAUUAGGCAGUGUUGCCUCAACCAAGGUGGUUGUCUUGUCUCUAGAACCCUUGAAAAGAUCAAAUGAAACAAGACUUAUAUUCGCAGUCGACCCUGAAGCAAAAGAUUCAAAAUUGUCUGAACCUGCUGAAAGUUUGAUCAGGGGGUCUUUUGUAAUUUUUUUUACGCGCUUGCCAUUAUUCCACCUAACCCCUUCUCUGUUUGGGGAACCCAAGUCUUUUGAUGUCCUAAAAUUUCCAGGAGGAAUUACAAUAAUUCCCCAACAGAAUGCUUUUCUUUUGCAGAAAGUGCAAUUCUAUUUUAAUUUUACUUUAAACUUCUCUAUCCAUCAAAUACAAGCAAAUUUUAAGGAUUUGACAAGCCAACUGAAGUUGGGGCUACAUCUAGCACCUUAUGAGAACCUCUAUGUUAACUUAUCAAACUCAAAAGGUUCAACCAUAUCUGCACCUACUAUUGUUCAGUCGUCUGUUUUACUGACUGUUGGCAAUACAAAUCAGAGGAUGAAGCAACUGGCUCAAACCAUCACAGGUUCUCACUCAAAAAACCUUGGUCUAAACAACUCUGUAUUUGGAAAGGUCAAGCAAGUUCGUCUUUCUUCUACCACGCAACAAUAUCUUCAUGGUGGUGAUAGCAGUGCCUCUGCGUCUUCACCUUCUCCUGCUCCCCUUUCUCAUUCCCACAACCACCACCACCACCACCACCAUCAUCACCACCACAAUGCACAUCUUGCUCCUGCUAUUUCACCUGAACGUGCCAGCCAGAAAGGUUCACCUGCAACCCGAAAAGGUGUGCCUGCACCUAAAUAUGGUCCACCUACCCCAGCAGAAAGUUCUUCUCCUGAGAAAAACCAUGAAGCAAAGCCACCUGGUUGCAGAUUUAGAUACAGGUCAAAAGGGGAAGAGAGAAAGCGGCCUCACUUGGCUCCUGCAGUUGCACCGUCAAAAUCAAAUGUUUCUCCACAUCAUCCAGCGGCCUCACCACAUAAGGAAGUAGCCCCCCCAAAACACACAUCCAAUUCCGUACCUGUUUCUAGUCCUUUGCCAAGUGUAGUUUUUGCUCAUACUCAGCCCCCAUCAAAGAGCAAACCAGAUGAAGAACAUUUUGACUCAAGCCCGGUGAUUGCACCAAUCCCUUCUACAUCUGAUGCAGGUUCUCUCCCCACUGUUCAAGUGGUAUUGUCUCUGUUCCUUAUUCUUGUAUUACAUCUAUAACCCAAAAAGGAUAUUUUUUUUAUAAAAAAAAAGAAGAAAAAGGAAAAGAAAUGAACGCUAAGUUUUCUAGCUAAACUCACUAGUUCGGUUUCGAGGAAGACUCAACUGUAUCAUUCCGAUCGGAACUAGGGAAAGUUUCUGUAAUUGUGAGCUACUCAAAAGGGCGUAGCUUCACAUCUGAGUGGAUAUAUGUUCUUCCUAUGCGUGUAAAUAUUGAUUAAAAUCCCAGCCAGCAAAUGUAUAUUUUGGUCAAAGUCACAGAGGUGGCAGGCCACUUGUUAAAAUGCGUUGCUGCUGUUUUGUGUAUUCUCUACUGCAGAAAAUGUAAGGGAAAAGAAAGAGAGACAAAAUUUAUCUUACUUUA